CAGCUCAGUUGCCUCCUGAGUCCUGACCUUCACCCAAUUCAUCCCGUUCAUCUUCUCGUCAUUAAAUACUCAACCCAUACACGCGCGCAUUUACAUCGCGUUCUAUACGUCACUGAAGCCUGCUCCUUCUCUUCCUUCAUAUGAUCGCUCCCUCUCUAUUUCAUCCACUGUGAUCGCCUCAACUUCUGCCCUCCGAUUUCGCUCUGAAUUGCUCCCAUCUCUCUCACCUCACGUCAUCAUCACUUAUUCAUUGAUUACCCUGGCUCGUUGCCCAUCACCCAGCAAUGCCACCAAAAAGGAAAGCUGCCGCUGCGAAGCUGCCCCUCGCCGGUCAGACCAUCGCAAUCAGCGGCACCUUCCCGGGCCAAACCCAAGCUUCCAUCCAAUUAACCAUCACCACCAAUGGUGGCGCCGUUGACAAAGCCGUCACCUCAGACACAAAAGUUCUCGUCUCUACCGAGGCUGAUGUCAAGAAAUCAUCGACAAAAGUCAAAGCCGCUGAGAAACACGGCGUUCCGAUCGCCUCAAUUGAUUGGUUGAAUGAUUGUGUCGCUUCGGGUAAGUGGGAGGACCCCAAUGACUACGUCAUAUCCUCCAGCACCCAGAAUGCUACCGCAAACGCCAACGGAAAUGCCAACGGUAAAAAACGCGCUGCAUCUACUCCUCCAGCUGCCGUACCGGACAAGAAGUCCAAAACAACCAAAGCUGCUGCGCCCAAGGAAGAGCCCAAAUUCGGCGAGGGCUCGGUGCUGAAGUCUAAAGACAUCGUCGUUCCAAUUGACGAAGGCUGUACUCUUUACGGCUAUCAAGUCUACGUUGAUGAUGAUGGUGUCGUUUACGACGCAGCUCUCAACCAGACGAACGCAUCUCAUAACAAUAACAAGUUCUAUCGUGUCCAGCUUUUGCGUCAUCCUGCCUCUCUUGACUACAAGACAUGGACGCGCUGGGGCCGGGUUGGAGAUUUCGGCCAAAAGGCCGUUCUUGGUAGCGGAUCUCUCGAUGACGCCAUGAGCAAUUUCGAGAAGAAGUUCAAGGACAAGUCUGGCCUUGCGUGGAGCAACAGGGCUGCCGAUCCAAAGAAGGGCAAGUAUGCGUACGUUGAGAGGAGCUAUGCACCUGAUUCCGACGAUGAAGAGGGCACAGGUGGACCUGCUGGCAAGGAUGGUGAAGACGAAGAUGAUGAAAAGCCAAAGGUCGCGGAAUCUACUCUUGCGCCAGAAGUUCAAUCCCUGAUGCAACUGAUAUUCAACCAACAAUAUAUGAACGCUGCCAUGGACGACCUGAAUUACGAUGCAAACAAGAUGCCUCUCGGAAAGCUGAGCAAAGCUACAAUCAAUCGAGGCUUUCAGAAUCUGAAGGACCUAGCCGCACUCCUGCAGUCUGGACAAUCCAAUCAUAGUGACAUUGAAGACUUGAGCAACAGAUACUACUCGCUCAUCCCACACAACUUCGGAAGGAAUCGACCUCCAGUCCUGAACGACAAUACACGCUUGAAGAAAGAGAUCGAGCUACUCGAAUCUCUUGCUGACAUGAAGGAGGCUGCUGAGCUCAUGAAGAAGGAUCUGAAGAAUGGAGAAACUAUCAAUGCACUCGAUCGCCAAUUCCGCGGUCUUGGUCUCAACGAAAUGUCGGUGCUGGACUCCACCAGUACAGAGUUCAAGGAGCUUGCAGAUUACCUCAUGACAACAAGAGGUUCCACUCAUCAUGUCAACUACCAGAUUGAGUCUAUCUUCCGUAUCGAGCGAGACGGUGAGCUCGAUCGCUUCCAGAAGAGCAAAUUCUCAAACAUCAAGAGCGACCGUCGUCUCUUGUGGCAUGGAUCUCGUGCAACUAAUUUCGGUGGUAUCCUUAGUCAGGGUCUCCGCAUUGCACCGCCCGAGGCACCCGUCUCUGGCUACAUGUUCGGGAAAGGUAUCUAUUUGGCCGAUAUGUCUUCUAAGUCGGCAAAUUAUUGUUGCUCAUACAACUCUGGUGGCCAUGCACUUCUUCUACUCUGCGAGGCUGAACUCGGCGACCCGCUCUAUGAACUGACAAACUCAUCAUACACUGCUGGGGAGGAUGCCAUCGCUCGUGGUUCUUUCUCGACCUGGGGCAAAGGAACCACCGCGCCCCUCGUUUGGAAGGACGGCAAGGAUAUCCAUGAAUCACUAGCUGGCGUCAAGAUUCCCGAUGUCAGACAUCCCCCAACGAAUACCCAGGUUCCAAAUGCGUACCUCCUAUACAACGAAUACAUCACCUACGACGUUGCCCAGGUUCGCUUGCGUUACUUGUUCAGGGUGAAGAUGUGAGCUGUUUCUUCCGUGUAACUGCACUGAGAACUCCGAGCAACAGUAGCUCUUCACACUGGCAUUUCGGCAAUGGAACGAUUGAUCAAUGUGGGGUCAUCCAAGUGAAGAUCACUCCGCUCAUUGAGGUAACCCUGUUCCGACUCCUCUACAGUCCCCUACAAGGGUUCCUGCACCAUCAUUUCCCAUCUCGCAUUGAUACGGUAUGGCGUCUCAAAUAUUUGCCCGGAUUGCAUGUUUAUCUAGUUGCAUUUUUUCAUUCAAAAUCAUUCAAGGCAUCUCCUCCUAUGUCCCCUCGGCUCCACCAGACCUAUAUAGAGGACAUAAAAGGCGAGGAUGGGUAGAAGCAAUGGAAAGGGAAAAUGCAUACUUGUACGAUCUGCUUCCUAUGAUGGAGCAUAAGAUAGUGUCAAUAUAAUAUCCAAU